CUUCAGCAAACAUCGGCUGCCAGCUGCGUGCCGGUGAUGUGGAGCCACGCCCCUGCUGGAGCUGAGAGCCAGCUGGGGGAGGCAGGUGUGCCCUGGGACACACACUGGCUGGCGCAAGCAACCCAUGCCUGGAAAGACAGCUUCCUUGGAGAGCCCUGUGUCCGGCACACAGAAGGCAGACCAAGUGUGGGAGGCGCCAUGCUACAGGAAAGCGCCCGAAUCUCUCCUCUCUGCCCCGAGCUGCUGGACCGAGGCCCAAUCACAGUGGCCACAGAGAAUGCACAGGCAGGGAUCCGGGGCUGCCUGUUCCUGGAAUGCAGCGUCCCCUUGCCGUCUGCACUGGUCGGAGGAUUGCGAAGGGAUGAAAAAGUGUAGCCGGGCAGGGGCCCUGCUGAGUAAGUCUAACCAGCAGUACCACAAGGUGUUCAAGGACAUCCCCAUGGAAGAGAUGGUGCUCAAAGUGUGCUCCUGCGCCCUCCAGAGGGACCUCCUGCUCCAGGGCCGGCUGUACAUCUCCCCCAACUGGCUUUGCUUCCACGCCAGCCUCUUUGGCAAGGACGUCAAGGUGGUCAUCCCAGUGUUGUCCGUGCAGACGAUCAAAAAACACAAGAUGGCACGUCUCCUUCCCAACGGCCUGGCUGUCACCACCAACACCAGCCAGAAGUACAUUUUUGUAUCCCUGCUCUCCCGGGACAGUGUGUUCGACAUGCUCAGGAUGGUGUGUACCCACCUACAGCCUUGUAGCGAGAAAAGUCUGAGUGUACGGAAGUGCCCGGAGGAACCCAUACAUGAGCCCCUGGAUGUACUCAUCCCAGAGAUGAAGUGGAGGAACGUGUGCCCAGCCUCAAGGUCCUUGGUCCUUGCAGAUAACAUCUCAUGUGUCCCUCGGGCAUCCAGGGACACCACCGACAGCCUCUUUGCCUCUGGGAAGGCUCCAGGGCCUGAAGCUGCAGCCCCAGCAGAGGACCCAUUGCAGUGGGAACCCAGGAGCAGCCUGGAGCUGAGGCCCUGGGACUCGAGGCUCCUCAAGGUCAUCUUUGUGCUGAUCUGCUUCCUAGUGCUGGCCUCGUCCUACCUGGCCUUCCGCAUCUCCCGGCUGGAGCAGCAGGUGUGCUCCCUGACGCGGGAGGGCCCGCUGCCUGGGCACAGGUAACAGCUGCUCUCCUGUUGGGCCCAACGCUCCAUGAAAAAAAUUCCUACUGCUGUUCCCUCGGAGGAUGCUGCUGAGUCUGAAGGAGAACAUUCUAGAACCCCC